UGUCAUUGACAGGACUGUAUCCCGUCACACACCUGUACCUCCACAGACUCUUGCAUUUCAUGGGGAAUGUGUGGUGGAAGACAUUUUGUAAGAACCACAUGACUGAGUUUUCGUAACCAGGGAAAGAAUGAUGUUGAAAGUUGUUAGUUAUAUAUUAUUUUAUUUCCUUCAGUAUCAGAUAUGAUACAAUCAGCAUGAGAAGUUGGUCAGCUCUGGCCUCAUCGCUCAGCUCAGAAACCUCCAAUCUGAGAGAACUGCAUCUGACUGUGAAAACACUGGAUCUGCCUGGGAAUGAACUAGGACACUCAGGACUGAAGAGUCUCUGUGCUGUACUGGAGAAUCCUCACUGUAAAGUGGACACACUGAGGUUGUGUGGUUGUGGUGUCUCAGAUGAAGGCUGUGCUGCUCUGACUUCAGCUCUGAGAUCAAACCCCUCACACCUGAGACAACUGGAUCUGUCUGAUAAUAAAAUAGGAGACUCAGGAGUGAAGUGUCUCUCUGCUGUACUUGAGAAUGCUCUCUGUAAACUGGAGAUACUGGGCUCUGAGAUCAAACCCUCACACCUGAGAAAACUGAAUCUGUUUGAUAAUAAAAUAGGAGACUCAGGAAAGAAGCUGCUGUCUGCUCUUAAAGAUGAACAUUACAAACUGCUGGAACUGAUCUGUAAGAACUCCUCACUGGACUGCGAUGCCCCUCCUGGCUGGCAGGGGCGCCUCUCUCCAGACUCAUGCUGA